UAUCCCCUCUCUUCUUUCCUGUCCUCCCACGAGAAAAGACAAGUAGGAGGAGGAAGAGAAAGAAGCCGGCGGCUAAUGGAUCUCGCCCUCCUAACCCCCGCCCCUGCCACCCCUUCUCGCCACCUCCUCUUCCGCCCCUCCAACCCCGCGACCCUCCUCCUCCGCCUCCCUCCCCGCCGCCAUCGCGCCCGCCGCCGCUGCCGGGUCUCCGUUCCCCAGAGCUCCGCCUCCGAUGCCGCCGCCCCCGCCACCACUCCCGCCGUAGGCCCGUCGAUCUUCGGAGGCCGCCGGGAGCUCUCUGGACCCCAGGUGCUUGUCGACGCCCUGCCCCCUCCGGCUAGGGUGGCGAGCUCCGUCGUCGUCGCUGCCGCCGCUCUGGCGGCAGGGUACGGUCUAGGUCUUCGCUUUGUAGGCAGCCGGGUUGCGGCGCUCGGUGGGGCAGCCGCUCUUGGAGCGGCCGGUGGUGCGGUGGUCUAUGCUCUCAAUUCGAGCGUUCCGGAGGUUGCUGCAGUGAAUUUGCACAAUCUUGUGGCUAGUUAUGAUGAUCCGACGGCAGUAUCGAAGGAGGACGUGGAAGCUGUCGCCAAAAAAUAUGGUGUUAGCAGACAGGAUAACGCCUUCAAAGCCGAGCUCUGUGAUUUGUAUAGCCGGUUUGUGUCUUCAGUUCUUCCACCUGGUGGUGAAAAUCUUAAGGGACACGAGGUUGAGACAAUCAUCAAAUUUAAAGAAGCUCUUGGAAUUGAUGAUCCAGAUGCAGCAUCUGUUCAUAUAGAGAUCGGAAGGCAUAUUUUCAGGCAAAGGCUGGAAACAGGAGAUCGCGAGGCUAAUAUAGAGCAACGCCGGGCCUUUCAAAAGCUCAUCUAUGUUUCAACACUUGUAUUUGGGGAAGCGUCAAAAUUCCUUUUGCCUUGGAAGCGUCUUUUCCAAGUCACUGAUGCUCAGGUUGAUAUUGCUGUGCGAGACAAUGCUCAGAGAUUGUAUGCUUUAAAGCUAAAGCUGAUCGGAAGAGACAUUGAUGUGAACCAGCUUAUUGAUCUGAGGAAAUCACAGCUUCUAUAUAGACUCUCUGAUGAGAUUGCUUCUGAGAUGUUGAGGGAACACACAAGAAAAUUGAUUGAAGAAAAUAUUUCAGUGGCGCUUGGCAUGUUGAAAUCUCGGACAAAAGCAAUCACAGGAACAACGCUUGUUAUUGAGGAGCUCAAUAAGGUUCUGGCAUUCAAUGACUUGCUGACAUCAUUAAGCAAACAUCCUGAAGCUGACCAAUUUGCCCCUGGGAUCGGACCUGUUUCUUUAUUAGGUGGAGAAUAUGAUGGUGAUAGAAAGAUGGAUGAUUUAAAAUUGCUAUAUAGAGUGUAUGCAGCGGAUUCUUUUCCAAAUGGACGUCUUGAAGAAAAAAAGCUUGUGGCUUUGAGCCAUUUGAAGAAUAUAUUUGGUUUAGGAAAUCGUGAGGCAGAAGCCAUUAUGCUGGACAUUACCUCCAAGGUCUACCGGAGGCGGCUUUCACAAUCUUUUAGUGGUGGCGAUCUGGAAGCAGCUCCAAGCAAAGCAGCCUUCCUUCAAAACCUUUGUGAAGAACUACAUUUCGAUCCACAAAAGGCUAGUGAGAUUCAUGAAGAAAUAUAUAGGCGGAAGCUACAGCAGUCUGUAACUGCUGGAGAAUUGAGUGAGGAGGAUGUCGCUACUUUACUGCGUUUACGAGUUCUUCUCUGUAUUCCUCAGGAAGCUGUUGAUGCAGCACAUGCUGACAUCUGUGGUCGCCUGUUUGAAAAGGUUGUGAAGGAUGCAAUUGCAUCAGGUGUUGAGGGGUAUGAUGCUGAAGUUAGAGCUUCCGUAAGAAAAGCUUCUCAAGGCUUGCGCCUUACAAAGGAUGCUGCCAUGGCCAUUGCUAGCAAAGCAGUGCGCAAAGUGUUCAUGAAUUAUAUACAACGAUCAAAAGGCGCAGGCAACAGAAUUGAGGCUGCAAAAGAGCUGAAGAAAAUGAUAGCUUUUAACACCUUGGUCGUCACGGAAUUGAUAUCUGACAUAAAAGGAGAGCCCACAACAAUUUCAGCCGAACCUGUCAAGGAUGACUCUAAACAAACCGAUGAAGAAGAUGAAUGGGAGUCCCUACAGACGCUAAGGAAGACAAGGCCCAGCAAAGAUCUUGAAGCAAAGCUGGGCAAAGCGGGUCAGACAGAGAUAAACCUCAAGGAUGACCUUCCAGAGAGGGACAGGGCUGACCUUUACAGGACUUACUUGCUCUUCUGUCUUUCCGGGGAAGUUACUGUAGUUCCAUUUGGGGCUCAAAUCACUACAAAGAAAGACAAUGCAGAAUAUUUGCUGCUAAAUCAGCUUGGAGGAAUUCUUGGGCUUACUGGUAAAGAGAUAGUGGAAAUACACAGGAACUUAGCUGAACAGGCAUUCAUGAAGCAGGCUGAGGUGAUUCUAGCUGAUGGGCAAUUGACAAAAGCCAGGAUCGAGCAGCUCAAUGAGGUGCAGAAGCAGGUGGGCCUGCCUGCAGAAUAUGCCCAAAAGGUCAUUAAGAAUAUAACCACCACAAAGAUGGCAGCUGCAAUUGAAACAGCUGUGAGUCAAGGGAGGAUUGGUAUACAACAGGUCCGAGAGUUAAAAGAAGCAAAUGUUGAUUUGGACAGCAUGAUCUCAGAACGCCUUCGUGAAAACCUCUUUAAGAAAACAGUGGAGGAGAUUUUUUCAUCAGGUACAGCUGUCUUUGAUGAAGAAGAGGUUUAUCAAAAAAUCCCAUCAGAUCUUAGCAUAGAUGCUGAGAAGGCAAAAGGGGUUGUUCAGGACCUCGCUAAGGCUAGGCUAUCCAACUCGUUGGUUCAAGCUGUUGCACUUCUUCGGCAGAGGAAUCGAGAAGGAGUGGUUUCCUCCCUCAAUGACAUGCUUGCCUGCGACAUGGCUGUCCCUUCCGAGCCCUUGUCUUGGUCCUCACAAGAAGAGCUUGCUGACCUGUACUGUGUUUAUCUGAAGAGUAUUCCAAAGCCAGAGCAGCUCUCCCGGUUGCAGUACUUGCUUGGGAUCAGCGACUCAACGGCUGCCAUGCUUCGUGACACAGCAGAGCGAGGAGCAUUGCCAACGGGGAAUGAGGAAGAGGAAUUUGUAUUUUAAAUGCUCUCUAAGUUUUGUUUGUAUUCUGCACUGUGAUUCAUAUUUUACCUGAGAAAACUUCUGGCAACAUUUGAGGCCUUGAGUGAGUGGCUUGCGUUUUUCUUGGACGAUUGUACAGCUAGAUAUGGCAUUUACAUCCAUCUAUUUAUGUUGUUCACCACUUCUCUUGGCAACUUAAUUAUGCCCUAGAGGCAACAGAGCUAUCAGCAAGAUCAUUUACUCUGAA